CAAUAGAGAAUAGACAAGUAAUAAAUACGGUGCGAACUGUCAAGUGUCAUUUGCCAACGAGUUUUGGUGGACGGAGUCUCAUACGUAGUUAUCAAAAUGGUGGACGAAGAAGGCAAACAUAAAGAAAAUAAAGUGGUGAGAUGUGAAUGGCUGAACAAAGAUAAACUUUACAUUAAAUACCAUGAUGAAGAAUGGGGCAUUCCUCAAUAUGAUAGUUUACUUUUAUUUGAGAUGCUGUGUUUAGAAGGACAACAAGCUGGUCUAUCUUGGAUUACAAUUCUUAAGAAGCGAAAUAAUUAUCGAAGAUUAUUUUGCAACUUUAAUCCUACUAAAAUAUCUCAAUUUAACAGUAAAGAUAUCAAUGUAAUUUUAAGUGACAGUGGUAUUGUGAGACAUAAAGGAAAAGUUCUAUCAAUUAUUCAAAAUGCCAUUAGCUAUUUAAAAAUGAAAAAAAAUGGUGAGGACUUUUCAAAGUUUGUGUGGAGUUUUGUAGAAAAUAAACCAUUAGUUAAUAAUUGGAAAAAUAGCUCAGACAUUCCUACACAAACACCAACAUCAGUAGCUCUUUCAAAAGCAUUAAAGAAAAGAGAAUUUAGAUUUGUUGGCCCAACAACAUGUUAUUCGUUUAUGCAAGCUUGUGGACUUGUAAAUGAUCAUAUUGUUAAUUGUAUUAGUAGAAACAUUUCAACAAAACAAUAUUAAAGAGAAAAUCUAGGUAAUACAAACAAAUAAAACUGCCGUACAAUAUAGUUGAAUUUAAUUUUAUUUGAACAGACAAAGAAAAACAAAGACAUAUUUAGCCUAAAGGCUAUAGGCUCCAGGGAUAAGCCCUGGAGUAGUAGAUGGAUGGAGUACACCAAGGCGUAGGGUGACCAACUUUGGCAAGUGUUUUCCGUACCUCCACGUGGAAGAGAGCAAGCUUAUUGCCAUAUCAGGCACAAAUUUCAGACUUCGUGCUGAUACUGAGCAGAAAAAAUCAAUAUCACUGCCUGACCCAGAAUCUUACAGUAGUGUCUCGUACCGCACAUGCAAUAUAAAUAUUAAUUUAUAACAUUAAUUCCCAAUACGUACUU